GGCUGUAUGUACCUUGCACGAUUUAGGUAUCUGGUGAACUGUCGGACAUCGAACGUCGCCGUCAUACGGACGGGCCCUAUUUCCGCUGGAGGACUCAAACGCGAUUCCAAGGGCUAUCGAGGUCAGAAAUAAACGAUCGAAGGGCAAUUGGAGUCCCUCCGGGCCGCAACCAUGAAGCCCUCUAUACUUCCCGCUGGCCUGCUUCUCGCGCUAUCAGUGCUAGCGAUCGAUACAUCUCCUUUCUACCCACCAUGGUCGGAUCCGACAAUCGAAAAAAGAGCUGCGGAGGUUCUGGAUAUUUUGUUAAAGCGGGAUGAUAACUGCCCGUCGGGGUAUAAUGCGUGUACUGGCCUGGGGAACUCGGGCGCAUGCUGUCGAGAUGGGACAAUAUGCUCUCUUGACGCUGCAAGCCACAUUGCAUGCUGUCCAACUGGCGCCAGCUGCACAGGAUCACUUUCUGGAUCGCCAACGGAGACGGGAUCAACCUCAAGUGGAUUUAUGUUUCCGCAGCCAACAUCCGCCUCCACCACGACCUCGGACUCGCCUUCGAUAACCGGUACCACGGUCACCGGGGCGCCAUACCCAUUCGUAUAUAUCCCGACGACGUUCGCAAAUGCGCAGACUUGCUCUUCAUACUACUCCCAAUGCCAAAGUCAAUACUCGAGCUGCCAGUCUUCUCUAGGAGGGACCAACGGGGUGACGGUGGCAGGGUCAGGUGGUGCCGGCAUAACCGUCCAAGGAGCCACAGCAACGGCGGAUGCACAGUCGAUCUGUUCAAGCUUGAGUCGAAAGGCCUGUUAUGGAUUGCAAAUCGGCUACUGUACUGCCUUUGGGAGUUCAGGUGAAUCGGCUACCACAACAAACGGCCAGUUCGUCAACCCCAACGAUGCGCCGUCCAUUCGCGUAUCGUCGAGUCUAUACGAUCUAGGUGUAGCUGUUGCUGUUGGUAUCGCUGGAAUAUUUAUCUGACGAUAUGAUCUUUCUUCUUCUUUGGACGAUUCUUUGAAUUAUUUUUUUUUUUGGAUCAGAAGCCUAUCAUUCGAGACGAUGAAUGCAUGAUGAAUGAUUUGUGGUGGUGGACAGCGAUCUCACGAAGUCAUGAUAUCUCUCUUGAUUUCUGAAGUACGCUGAAUGAAC